AUGUCAGUGCGGUCUAUGAUACAACGCGCCCCGAUAGCAAAACCUGAACCAGACUACGAAGUGGUGGAGUUCCCUAACGAACAGUAUGUUAACGCCAAGCUGCAGCCACCCCCUCCACCACCCCCCAGACCCCCUACAGGCCAUCCUGUGGAUGCAGACGCUUCCUGUGGCUUAUGCGGCGGCGGCGGCGCCCGAGUGCGAUGCACAGAGUGCGGGCGUCGUGCUCUGUGCGCGUCUUGUGAUGAUAUGUACCACCGCCAUCCUAAGCGAAGACAUCAUCAACGACAAGCGCUUUCUACUUCACAAAUACGUGAUGAAAGGCCGCCCCUGCCACCAAAAACCGCUCCACCGGUACCACCGCCGCGAAGACAUAAGAUAAGCGGUGAUCGCCUAAGUGCAAGUCCACGCCCGCCCGGCUUAGAUCAACGUCGAGCUACACUCAGUAUGCCAGUUGGACUUCAUAAUCAAAUGGGUCAAAUGGCCACAAUAACUAAUGUAAACCAUAUUACAACGCAACGCGCUCAAAUGCAGCAUCCUCAGGGCGUUGUGCCGUCUAUGCCACCACACAUGGGCAGCAUGCCGUACUUGCCAAAUCCUGUUAACCACGUAAAUGCACCUACGGCUCAAGAUCAAUCAAAUACAUUAGGACAUUUCUCAUCAUGGAAUCGACAACGAGGGUCCAUGUCAGGAUUCAACAUGCACCCAAAUAUGGUUCAACAACCUUCAGCACUAGAACCAUGGGAAGUUCAAGAGAACUUGUCAAGUCAAAGCUGGGGCCGACCCUUAAGGCGGGGCACAUCGGUUAUGGAGUUAGGAGCUCCUGGCUGCGCUGGUUGCGCUCAUUGCACAUCAAAUCCCUGGCGAUAUGGUAGCUGUGCGAACUUAGAGCCUCAGUGGUUUGGACCCGGAGCCAACCCGUGGCCUCAAGCAUGCUGUACGCCUCACCCUUCUGCACACAACCCACGUUUGAUGCCGCAUACACACGUUCAUCCGCCGCAAACUCCGCAACCAUAUCGUAGAGCUGAAAGCCGUGCAGCAUCACGAGCCGCCUCCCGAGCUGGUUCACGUCCACCCUCACCCGCUAUGAGUGUGCGGUCACGCACGUCGCGGCGGUCUAAGCAUCGGACUCCAUCACCCCCUCCUCUACCUUCAAGUGAUGCUGACUCUGAAAGUGAAAUUGAAAGUGAACAUCUAGAAUUACAAGACAAGGAACAAGAAGAUUCAUUAGGCCCUGCUCCGCCGCCACCUAGUGCAACUUGGCAAUGUGAACAUUGUACAUUUGUAAAUGGGCCCGGUGUUCGCGUAUGUGCAGUUUGCUGCCGGACACCAACCGUUAAACCUAAAAUUAUAACAGAUUCUAUAAAUAAUGGUAUAGCAAAACUUAAAAUAAACGAGAAAUCUUCACGAUCACCUUCUUUGCCUUCAAGUCAAAACGCGGAACAGCCUCAUUUAAAAACUGAAGACAGAGUAAAUAAAAGCAAAUCAACUAAAGAACGAACCUCAACAGCAUGUGGACCAUCUCCACCGAGGGAAGAUAAACCUGUGUCCAAAUCUGCAAAUAGACUAACCACUCCUCCAAUUAGAGAGCAAAAUAAAGAUCGAAUAGAACAAAGGAGCAUACGUCACGAUAUAGCAGUUGGGCCGUCACCACCUAAAGAAUUACAAAAUAACCAACGACCUCUGUCAAGAAAUUCUGUCAGCGCUCGAUCUUCAAGUUAUGAAAAUACAAGCCCAAAACCUUCUUCUGCUAAACGUGAAAGUUCAAAGAUAGUCCACAGUGUUUCCGUUGGUCCUUCUCCGCCUAGAGAAAGCACAAUAUCUGCUUUAAGUAAUUCGUCAAAUUUUCAAAAAAAGUUCGUUGGAAACUCUCCUCCUCGCGAAGUUGAUAUCCGACCUUCAUCCAGAUCUAGUCGUACUAACACAGCAACAUCUCCGCCACCACAAAGUAUUUCUACACAAACAUAUGAAGUACCAAACAAUUGGGAUCGAGCUCAAUCGGUUUCGCGGUCUCGACCGCGCCGUCGCAUGCGAGAUGAGACACACCGAGAGAGAUCACAUAGUAGAAUGUCCUUGUCAAGUGACACUCGUGAAAGUGAACGAAGUGUCCACACUAGUGGUGGAAGGUGGGAGUGGCGCGAGCCUCGCGACAGCAGUCCCAGUGGCGACUGGAGCGAGGCCGAGAGGCGACGGGCGAGUAGACUUACACGUCGUGCUUCUCAUUUGGACUUACGGAGGCGACCUGUACGACGUACCAGCAUGUAUGGCUCCGAGGCACCUUCUCCUGAACCGUUGUCGAGUAAUAAAGCCAUAUCACUCGAAGCGUUAGCAGGUGGCGGCUUAAGACGCGAGGCGGAACGAGGCUUAGAGCUUGCUCGUUUAAUGAGUGAAGCUGAGAGACUUGGAUUCAGCGCGGCAGAAGUUCAUGCAGCUUUAGCUCAAAAUCCAAUAGCACCAUUAGCGUGGUUGAGUGAGCGAUGGCCCAGUUUAUGUGCAGGAGUGCGAGCAGCUGCAGCCCGUUUAGCACCGGGGGUCAAUGUCACGGAACUUGAUGCUCGAGCGGCACUAGCAAAGCACAGAGGUGCAAUGUGGCCUGCAGUUAAUGAGUGCGUCGAAAGAUGUCGACGGCAGACAGAAAAUAUUGGUGUAGGUGAAGAAGGUAGACUGCGAGGUCACGUGUGGGGUCCACCAACUGGGGCAGAUGAUGACGCCGCACCUCCUGCCAGUUUAUCCGGCCGCUUACACCGCUUUCGCGCAGACGACAGUUCAGAUGAAUUUGAAGUAACGACAAAUAAAUUUCAAGAUGAUGACUGGAUGUACUUACCUUUAGAUAUGAAUACGACAAAUGCAAAAAAUGACCGGCCAAUGGUAACAGAGGGCAAUAAUGAACAAUACAAUGAUAAUUCUGACAUCGCAGAAAAGUUAAAAGUUCUCCUGGCUCAAGCUGGUAUACCUACUAUUGAUGAAAAGCUACUUUUAAAAGGUUUGCUAAACAAUCAAUUAAAUCAGGAAAAAGAACCUACAGAUAAUAAUAAAAACCUUUUACAACAAAAAUCAAAUUCAGAUUUUAUUCAAUCUGAAAAUGACUUUAUUAAUGCCUAUAAUGCAUUAACAAGGCUAAGUCCUCUACCAAAUUUACCAAAAUAUGAUCAUUCCGAAUCAGCUAAUCCCUCUGAACAAGAUAAUGUUGAAAAUCAUCAAAAAAACGUCGUGAAUAACCAAAGAUCUUCGGCGAACACAAGAGAAAUCCAAUCUGAAGAGCCAAACGAAUCUAACACUUCGUUAACAAAAUUAGAAAAUCUGCCUACUACAAAAUUAUCAUUUGAUGAACCUUUGAAAGUCAAUAAAAAAAAAGAAAAAAAUAAAAAUACUGAUGCCAAUAAUAGUAUAGAUAGUAAACAAGAUAGCAUUCGAAAUAACCUUAGCAGUAAUAUAUUAGAUAUAAAGGAAGAUAAACCUAAUAAUAAUCUAAGUGAUAUAGUUGACAAUACACAAAAAUUAAUUCAACAAAUGAAAAAAGAAAUAAAUUCUGAUAUAAAUUCCAUGCCCGAUAAAAGUGACACCCAAAGUGAAACUGGGGACAGCGCCAAUGAAUCUCAUUUUUCUUCUGAAAAAGAAUCUAGUUACAGUGAUACUGCUGAAGAAGAAACAGAAGAAUUAACAUCUGAUGAAAAAGAACUUUCAAGUGGUGAUGAAUUAAAUAGCCACUCUGAGAAUAGAAUAGAUGUUCAAAGAACGAGUUCAGAAGAUAAUGAACAUUUCGAAGAAGCAAUGGAUCACGUGGAAAAUGAGCUUGAAGAUUUUAAGCAAACUAAUGUAGAUAUAUUAAAUUCUAUAGCGCGAAGUUUGCAAGAAGAACGUAGUAUAGUAAUUGAAAUAAAUGAUAAACAAUUAAGAGAAAAUGAAGAAAAAAGUCAAGACCUAAAUAAUAAUUUAUUUGCUGCAGUUGAUUCUUUUGAAGAAAUUUAUGCACAAUUAAAUAAUCAUGCGCAAAAUAAGUUAAGCAAAGAACAAAUUAUAGAACAUUCAAACUUAAAUGAAGAAAUGAACUUUAUAGACAUCAGUAAUGUUGUUGCGCAAAAACCGCAAUCUGCACAAAUUUACCAUAGGGAAGCAAUGAAUUUAGGUUAUUUUAAACUCAAUGCUCCUGUAAAGUUAUCUGUUAACGAAUACAACCAUAAUUUUUUUACUGCAUUCAUAGAAAAUUCAGAGCAACCAUUUGAAAAAUUUGACCAUGUUGGAAAUGGUAUUAAAGAUCAUAAAGAAGAAGGAGGUAAUGCAACUUUAAAAGAUUUAAAUAAAUGUACUGAAAAAAACGAAGUGGCUAGUGCAGAAUUAAAUGUUCUUCGUGAAAAGGAAGAAAAUAAUAUUAAUAAUUCUAGCAUUCAUACAGCUUCAAAUGAAAAUGCAAUCAUUCUGUCAAAUUCACUAUCAGAGUCUGUUGUGAACAUUAAAAACGAAUCUACAGAAAUUUUACCACAACCCACAAACCUUGAGAAAUCAAGAGAAAAUGAAAUUGUUUUAUCGAAUAUUAAUACAACUAAAGAUAUUUCAAUGACAAAUGCGACUACUUUAGAAAUAAUACACUCAGAAAAAAAUAAUUCAAACAGUAAAGAAAAAGCAAAAACAUUAACCACAUUAAAUAAAUCAAACAUUCCUAAACUAGUUAAAACUAUCCAAAGUAAUAAGCAAAAAACAGAAAACAAGAAUAUGCCAAAAGUACUUGCAUCCAAGGUACCGAUUCGAAGAACCAGUCUGAAACAAUAUCAUGCACCAAACCCGCCCAAGAGUCAUUUUGGAAACGUUCAAAGUGGUCACGUCAAACAGCUACAAACAAGACUAUUCAAUGAAAAAGAAAUUAAAACAAGCUUUCAGACACUUUCAAUGCCAGAAGUAAAACCUUCAACUUCAACAAUGAACAAAAAGAAACCCGCACCUCCACCGCCUGUACGACGAACCAAACAAGGUUCACCGGAUGAUGUCACUUUCAAAAAAAAGAAAAAUGAUAAUUUCUUCCGAGAAACAUGUCGCACCGAAGACGAAUGGACAGAAAGUGAUACAGAAGAAAAAAAUAUUGAAAUUUUUAACAAAGAAGAAGAGACCGUACCAACAACAGUUUCAAUACCACAACCAAUCACAGUACGUCAAAUUUCCGGUCAACUGAUUGACUUAGCAAGAGUUCAACUUCCGGAAGGUUCGCCAGAGAGGCAAGCAAGAAUGUUGCUAGCCGAAGGAGCGAUGGAGACAUGGGAACAAGCUCAAUUAGCAGUAGACCUGAUUUCACAAGGAACUGACCCACCUUCUGCACUCUUGGCAGCCUUAGAAUGCGCUGAUUUAAAUUCUGCUCUUGUAUAUUUACAUCAAGACUGUGAACUUUGCGCUUCCAAAUUUCCUGAACAUGAGAUGGUUUCCAUGUUACGUUGUACACAUAGAUGUUGUCGUGAAUGUGCCCGUCACUACUUUACAGUACAAAUCACAGAACGCAGUAUCGCAGAUUGCGUUUGCCCAUAUUGUAAGGAGCCAGAAUUAGAAAACCUUCCAGAAGAUGAUUGGCUUGAUUACUUUGCCCAUAUGGAUAUAUUACUAAAGACAUUAUUAGAAACCGAAAUACAUGAACUAUUUCAAAGAAAGUUACGAGACAGAACGCUUGCACGAGAUCCUAAUUUUAGAUGGUGUGUUGAAUGCUCUUCCGGAUUCUUUGUUCAUCCUAAACAAAAGAAACUCCGUUGUCCAGAAUGUAAAUCAGUGACUUGUGCAACCUGCAGGAAACCGUGGAAUGCAAAUCACGAUGGAUUAUCGUGCGAUCAAUACGCAGCGUGGUUGGAAGACAACGAUCCUGAACGGUCGAUAGUAGCCGUACAGCAGCAUCUUAAAGAAAAUGGGCUGGAUUGUCCAAGAUGCCACUUUAAAUAUUCAUUAUCGAGAGGUGGCUGCAUGCACUUUACGUGCACUCAAUGUAAAUAUGAGUUUUGCUACGGCUGCGGGAAGCCUUUCACAAUGGGAGCUCGGUGUGGAUUAAGCGAAUAUUGCGCCAAGCUAGGCCUGCACGCACAUCAUCCACGUAAUUGUCUCUUUUACCUUCGCGACAAGGAACCGCAUGAAUUGCAAACACUUUUGCAAAUGAAUAACGUUACUUACGAAACAGAAGCAGCAGAUUCCAACAACAAUCGAUGUCCGACACAGCUUCAACGUGAAACGCCCACUGGACUCAUAGACACUACAUGUGGCAGUGAGGUGCAACCGAAGCAAGCAGGACUCUGCAAGAACCAUUACUUGGAGUAUUUGAGCCGCCUGGUGCGAGGGCAGAAGAUCGACCCGCUGCCGAUCUUGGGAGUGGAUGACUUAGAAACUCUAGUACGCCGGGCUGCGAUGCACUACGUGGAGUACUUGGCGGGUCUAGCGCGAGCGCUCGACCCGAUCCCAAUCAUGGAAGUGAGCGAGCUCGUGGCCGAACUGCGCCGUCGCGCGCUCCCUCUGCCCGAGCGCGGCCCAUGGGACACUGACCCCAUAUACGCAGGAAUGUGCGCAGAGAUCGUGAGAGAGAAGAUACCACUGGAC